UUAGGGCUUUGCUUGAGAUGGGGAGUGCUGUCUAUGGCGGCAUUGCGGUGAGUAGGAUCCGGGGAGUCGCGGCGGCCGUCGGCAGCGGCAGAUUCAAGCCGGAGUCUUCGAUCUACUGCAAAUGCCGGGCUUACAAUGGCGACGGGAGCAGUGGGAAUGGCGGGAAUGGUGGGAAUGGAGGCGACAAGAGGCCCCCCCAGGAUGCGCUUCUCAGGGCGCUCUCAGAGGUGUCCAAGCGCGAUGGUCGAGUGGGGAAGACUCUCAAUGUCGUGAUUGGAGGCUAUCUUCCUGAGGAUCAAUGGAAGGCAUUGGACGAACGGGUGAAUCUCUACCCGAUGGUGAGGAGAUUCACAGCGAUUGGGAGAGGAGGCGACGAUUUCGCGCAGGCGAUGGUGGUUGCCGUGGAGACUGUUCUUCAGUCUCCAAUUCCACGGGCCUGGGUUUCCAAGAGAUUGUCGUCCAGAGGCAAGUAUAUAUCCGUGAGAAUCGGCCCCGUCGUGGUGAAUUCCGGAGAUCAAGUUCGAGCUGUCUAUAACGCGAUGAGACGGGACGUGCGAAUGAAAUACUUCUUGUAGCUCUUCGAUCCAUUUAUAAGAAUCCAUCCCAAGGAGCCUCGCGCAUUCGUUUGAGUUGUACAUAGAAAAAAAAGAAGCUUUCGCUCGCUUGGAUGGAAUUGAACCGGCGACCUGGAGAGUCUGACAAGUGUCGCAACCGCGUAUCGCUAGAUCAGCAGUCAAUGUGGAAACCCGGCAUUUCAAAUUUGCUCGAUAGGGUUCCAAGGC